CCAGGAAAAUAUGCAAUCCACAUGUACAGAGUCAUACUAGACUCUAGAGCAUGAGCAACUAGCAAGCGACACUUACCGCCCAACUCCCCCGCACGGUUCCCAUUCAAUCCGCUGACUCAUUCGGAAGCGAGCUGCGGUUGUUGAUUCUCCGACACAGCCGCUCGCCACAACAAAAGUUGCGUGUGGGAAAUUAGCGCAGGCGCGGCAGCAACGCUCGAUCUUUUGUCGUUGCAGUGUCGGCCAAUCACAGAACAAUAUUAUAAUCAUGCGGCAGCAACUUGGCAGUCAGGUGAUGACAUUUUAUUGUAAGCAAUAUGGCGGCGAAGCAGCAAUCUCACGAAGACAGUCUUGGUUGGACAAGGCAGAAAUUGGUGGAAUUGGUUGAAGCAUACCAGCAUAGGCCAUGUCUGUAUGACAACACAAGUCCUGGCUACCACAACAGAGAAGAAAGGGCAAGAUCAUGGAUUGAAAUGGCAGAUCUAAUGGGCAAGGGAGAGGAUGAGAUCCGAGCAAAGAUGAAAAGCAUCCGUACCCAGUAUGCCCGUAUAAUCCAGAAGGGACAGCAUCCCAAGUGUAAAACUGGUCUCACUGUCUCAUCAUGGUGGUUACUUCCAAAUCUGAAUUUUCUAGACGAUUUUAUCAUUCCCAGGAAGGCAGACUCGGAGUCAAUCAAGGAGAAUGAUAUUGCAGAGCUGUCUCAACUGAGCCAAGUGGGUGUUGGACACUCGUACAAGAAUGAUCACAGUUCAAUGGAGAAUGGUGACGUUGCUGACAUGGUCUAUGAUAGCAUGAUCACUGAGUCUAACCUUGCACAAACUCAAAACAACUCACUAGACAACCCAGGACCAUCAUCUAACCAGCUGGAUGACCAUGCUCCUAUGCGAGAGUCCUCGCCUUACCAGUCGCCGUUCACCCGACGUAUAUCACCCAUACCAAUAUCACGUCCCACCUCUACCAAUUAUCGCUACACUAGAUUGAAAGUGCGUAAACCUUUAAAAAAAUUAAAGAGAGAUCGCAGGGAUAUUGCCUCUCCGCCCAAUGCUCCCUCUAACCCUGCUAGACCCCCUGAAGUUGCUGCGGGCAAUGACAACUUAUUGCUUAAAACCAUCCUUGCAUAUGCACAGAAAACCACUCAAGAUGAUGAUGAAGAUGCUAUCUUUGGGCGCUAUGUUGGUAAUGAGAUGAGAAGUGUUACCGAUUUACAGGCCAAGAGAAUUGCCAAGAUGAGAAUCCAGAAAGUUCUUUUUGAGGCCCAGACUGGUUGGACUGAGACCUCUAAUGAAGGGGUUUAUCAUGCACCUCAAGAUGGGUCAAAUAACCAAGAUAAUUUUCCUGUGGGUGUUGUUUGUAGUACAAAUAAUAGUAGAGUUAUUUGAGUAAAUAAAAAUGUCAAUUUGUAGAAUUCAAGUACCAUCCAUUUUUGUUUUAAUGUAUUUACAAGUACAUGUACAUGCACCAUAGAAUAUUUACAAAGAGUUUUUUGUUUAUUUCAUGUAACGUUUCUAUAUAGAGGUAUGGCCUUUCCUGAAAAGAUUUAAAAGUCUGAUUUUUGUCAAAUCAAAGCAUACAGUGUAUUUCAUUACACAUUCAAGUUACAUUUUGAAACAAGUAAUAUUACAGUGUUUUGCUAACCUAGGUUCAUGUACAUGUACGUUGUGUAAGGAAUAUCAAGACACAAAAGUCAUUUGAAGAUCUUAGCUCUUCCAUUUCUGCUUGUGUACAUGUAUAAUUGUCUUGGUGAUUAUUCACUUUUUAUACACUAUGAUUCACAUGUACAGUCCACAUUAAUGUUUUUGUCAUUUAAAUUGUCAGCAAAUACUGUAGGAAUGGUUUGACACAGCAUUUCAGUCCCACCCCCAAAGCAAAUGAAUUGCUAAUUAUUUUGUUUUCAAUACCAGUCCAGUAUAGUCCUUGAUUGACACUGAUAGUUCUUUUUGACCAAUACCUUCAUGCUGUUGAAUUUGGUCUAGGAUGUGAAAUUAAACUGGAACUGUGAAUUAAGUAUUAAAAAAGUCAAGAUCCCUUCAUUCAAAGUUAGGUAGCCAUUUUUUUUCCCUUGGUCCUCUCACUUGUCAAACUCAAACCAUCAACUCAGAGAUUCAGUACUAUAGGUAGUGACCUGUGACAGGCAUGUCUUUCUUUACUUUGAGUGUUUUUUAAGGAUUUUAAUCAUUGCAGUCAAUAAAUUCAAGUCAACCAACCUCGGUCCAAUAUUUAUGCCUACAUGUAAUCAAUUUAUCUACCAAGGUGCAUAGAUGUCCACAACACCAGCA